AUGAUUCUCACCGUGGGUGGCGGUGAACUCAUUCUACUUCGUGUUAUAGUGACACCCAUCGUGCGCAUGACAACCCUCGAUCUGGCAACCAAAACUCUUGAUACGACAUUCGGCGUUAGCUCUACAAUGUGGACUAUAAUCGAGCAGAAGUUGGGUAUUAUCUGCACAUGCCUCCCUAUGUGCCGCAUCCCCGUCGCUAUUAUCCUCCCAUAA